GUUUUUAAUCUUUAUUAUUAUUAUUAUUGUUAAGCAAAACGUUCAAUAGUUAAGGCUACAGUAUUUUAACUAUGGAAAAAUCAGAGGAAUAUGUAAAGGAGAUCAUGUCCAGCUCGGACGAUGAGGCAUAUGAUGAUAUCGACGAUAAUGAAACUGCUGAGAAUGAAGGCGAACCAACCAAUUGUUUAUUUUGCAAGGAAACCUUCAAAAGUAUUGAGCUGGCCAUUGAACACUUAAACAAUCAACAUAAAGUGAGCUUGCCCCAACUGCAACAGAAAUUUCAAAUGGAUCAGUAUUCCUUCAUCAAGCUAAUCAAUUAUAUACGUGCCAAUAAGCUUACAGCAGAACAACUACUGUUAACGGAGCAAGCGCAAUGGAAUGAUGAAAAAUAUUUAAAACCGCUGGAAUACGAACCGUGGCUUUGCUACGACUAUGAAACUGCAAAAUCAGAUGCAGCUGAUAGUGUGCCAGAUUUAAGGCGGCGCAUUGCGGAGCAAGCCAGGCUGUUGCAGCAGGCUAGCGAAGAUAUGGAACGCAUGCGAGUUGACUAUAAAGCACUUUUAGAAAAGAUGCACGACGACUCAGAAGCGAACACUGCCACAAUACGUAAUAAUCCUCGGUUGGAUAAGGAGUACUUUAAUAGCUACUCGCACUAUGGCAUACACCAUGAAAUGCUCAGUGACACGGUUCGCACUAGUAGCUAUCGUGCUGCGUUAAUGAAUAACAAAAGUUUUCUACGUGGUAAGACGGUGCUAGAUGUGGGCUGCGGCACGGGUAUUUUGUCCAUAUUUGCCUCUCAAGCGGGCGCUGAAAGGGUGGUGGGAAUUGAUAACUCGGAGAUUGUCUACAGUGCCAUGGACAUAGUUAGAAAAAACAAAAUAGCAAAUAUAAGCUUAGUGAAGGGACGCUUGGAGGACACAGAGCUGCCCGAGCCAAAAUACGAUAUUAUUAUAUCCGAGUGGAUGGGCUAUUUUCUGCUAUACGAGGCGAUGUUGGACAGCAUUAUCUAUGCACGUGAGAAUCAUCUCAAACCGAAUGGUACAAUUCUGCCAAAUCGAUGCACAUUGCAUCUAAUGGGGAUGAAUGAGACAUUGCACACGCAGCACAUUGAAUUUUGGUCAGAUGUCUAUGGCGUGGAUAUGAGUGAUUUGCGCAAGCGCAGUAUACAGGAGCCGUUAAUGGAGGUGGUUAAUAUGGAAGACAUACUCACCGAAAGCGAGCAAAUUGCCAAUUUCGAUAUGAUGACUGUCGACCUAAACUAUUUGAAUUUUAAGCAUGAGUUUAGCUUGAAGUGCACACGUUCUGGUAAACUGGCCGCAUUUGUGGGUUAUUUUGAUACGCUGUUUGAAUUGGACUCCAAGGUUAUGUUCAGCACAUCACCCAACGAAACUCCCACGCACUGGAAGCAAACUGUAUUUUUUCUAGAUCAACCGCAGUUGGUGCAAGCAGGGGAUGUGAUCCGCGGUAAGAUUAGCUCACGUCGCCAGCAGACCGAUGUGCGUGCAUUGUGCGUCGAUAUCGAAGCAUUUGGUAAACAAUUCAAGUACUCUGUGGAUUAGUUGGUCUUCAG